AUGGCGGAACCGGUGAUGAGAUUGUAUACGGAUGCGACGGACGUGUCGUAUAUUGAAAGGAAAGAAAGCACGUUGGUGUGGCACCAUCAAGAUGCGAAUCCGGGUUUCGGGUCGGCCCAAGCGAAGGAAAUGUUAGAUCAUUUGGAAAGUGUUCUUGCUAAUGAACCGGUUGUGGUCAAAAGCGGUCAAUAUAUUGUUGAAGUCAAACCACAGGGUGUGACGAAGGGUUUAGUGGCAGAGAAGAUAUUUUCAUCGAUGUUUAAGAAAGAAAGAAGGGCUGAUUUUGUGUUGUGUGUGGGGGAUGAUAGAAGCGAUGAAGAUAUGUUUGUGAUGAUUGGGGACGCCAUAAAAGGAGGUGUCAUUUUGAAUGUCAAUAAUCGAUCAGUGUUUGCGUGUACUGUGGGACAGAAACCAAGUAGGGCGGAGUAUUAUUUGGAUGACACAGUGGAGGUUAUGAAUAUGAUUGAGAAUCUUGGUGACGUGUCAGUGUGA